GUUUCCGUUGUAGGAGUUGGACGGUUGACUACAAAAGGUGGUAGGGGAAGCAAAGCCAGGCAGACUAUUCAACUUUCAUUUCUGCACAGCAACCAUGAUACAUGCAUAUUGCAUUAUAUUUGUCUUCCAGCUGCUCUCCCUCACUGGGGCUAUGGAGAGCAGCAUAGUGGGCGGUAAGGUUGCAAAGCCUCAUUCCAGACCCUACAUGGCAUCACUGCAGAUCUAUAAGCAACAUACAUGUGGCGGGAUGCUCAUUCGGGAAGACUUUGUCCUAACUGCAGCACACUGCAAAUAUGCUGAGCAAACGACGGUGGUACUUGGAGCACAUAACAUAACCAAGGAAGAGAAAAGUCAGCAACAGAUCGAAGCGGAGUACAUUCCACAUCCACAAUACACUGGAAAAUACGAUUAUGACAUUAUGCUACUUAAGUUAAAAAAGAAAGCCACACUUAAUAAGUAUGUGAAGACCAUUGGACUUCCUAAGAAAGACGGAAAAAUUCCAGCCAACAUUAAGUGUGCUGUUGCUGGCUGGGGCAAAACUGGACACAAUAGACCUACGUCAAAUGUACUGAGGGAGACCAAGGAGGAGAUUCAAGACAGUGACAAGUGCAAAAAUAUAUGGAGAGAAUACUUCAAUCCUGGUCACAUGCUAUGCACCACAUUUACCAAAAAGGAGGGAGGCAUUUGCCAGGGUGAUUCUGGUGGACCACUUAUCUGCAACACCAAGCUUCACGGGAUAACAGCUUUCACCUACAGCGAUGAUUGUAAUAAUCCCGAGUAUCCCCAUGUCUUCACUAAAAUCCACUUCUUUCUCCCCUGGAUUAAGGAAGUGAUGCAGGGAUAGGGGGAUGUGUGAGCCAGAGCCACUAUUCAGAGGGCAAGAAUGCUGCCGUUUCUUCACUUUAUUAUUAAUUAACGUAGGCAAACAUUUAGAAAAUCAGUUACUUUUGAAAAGAAAUCAUGAAGCUUAUAUGUGUGAAUGUUUCACGUGAGAAAAAAAUAAAAUUGAAUGCAUUAUUUAAAUCAGGGAAAAACAGGUGCACUGUACAUUCAUCAUCUGCCUCUGUCCUUUAACACCAUGUUAAAAGCCUGUGUUUUAAUUUCAGAGUUGUUCCUUUUUUGCAAAUUCUUGUGUAAGUUUGGUCAGCUUUGCUUAUGUGUAUUUUUCUAAGUCUGUUAAGAAUCCAAUGCUUUUGUGAUAUAUGCUUGAAUCUUAUUGGAAAUAAAAAAAACUUACAGAAUAGAUACACAUUCAGAAUGAUUUUCAUUAAGGAGAAAUAGCAGUCAAAACGUGGUGGGUAGGUGGGGGGUUUGCCAGGGGGCAGGUAUAGAAAGUAUGUGAGUAAGUGUGAUGGUUGAAUUGUGUUGUAAAAGCCCACAGGCAAAUGUAUCUUAUGCACACUGAAUCAUCUGUAGCUCCAUCUGGUGUACAGUAGAAAGAAUACAAUAAGCUGUAUGAGGCUUAUUAUCUCAUGUGAAUCCCUUGCUGCUCUUGUUUUUAUUAGAUAUUUUAACUCAUCUCAAGCCAUUUUUUUUUUUUUUUAAAUCAAAAAGACACUUGUUUGAAGAGUUAAUCAGACAUCAU